ACAGCCCUCUGUGGCACGCCAUUUAUCGACUCUGCUGACUUGCUUGAAUCAUACAGUGUCCUUGCAGGUAGAUGAAUCCUCCGUGCAUUCCGUUUGGCAUGUCAUGAAGCGAAAAGGUCUUUGCUUUCAGGGGAUGAACCUGAACGAGGAUCUGGGAACUUACGUCAAAGCGUGUAGUCCUCGAGGCCGGAGGAACGGAUGAAUAUGGUACGAAAGGGUCCUUAUCAUUCCCACACGGCGCUUAUAGAGAGGAUUCUUAAAGAGGGUAAGGUAAGAAUCCUUCGUUUCGCGUUUCUCCCCCACCAUGGUUUUGCCUAUCUGCGACAGACUACUCUCUGCAGGAUCGUGUAGAGAUCCUGCUUGUCACGCGAAUCAUAACGUAUCCACAUGUGAUUUGUGUCGACUAGUAUUUCCUUCUACCGAUGCCUACACCAGUCAUUUGUCGCAGAAAGAACACAAGGACGCCCUCCAAGAGCAAGGCUCAAAUUGGUUUUUCUGUUAUCUGUGCGAUUUACACUAUUCCGGUCGCGUUGCUUUUGACCUUCAUAUCAAAUCUUUACUCCACAUUCGUCGAGCGAAGGAGGCAGGCGUCAGCCCAAAUAUUUCGGCACAGCAGUCGGAGGUUAUCCCGGGGCACAGGCUGUGCACGUUUUGUAACCAACAAAUCCCCGAGCAGACGUGGCCUCGACAUGUCGCGACUGACAAACACAAGAGUAAAGAGCAGUUUGCCGUGUUUUCCGUCGUCCUGGAGCAGGCGGAGAGAGACAAGCAUGGAGUCACGGUGAAAGGGGAGCUCGACUUCAAGGUUGUCAAAAAAGCAUCUGCUAGCCAAGGUGUCAAGAUUUCCACCCUCAUCGAGACUGCGGUCCCAAGCGCAAAUAUCAAGCUCGUCAAGACGCAGCUCGCGUCUUUGAAGGGAAUGAAGGGAAAAAUGAGGCCUACUCCAUUUUCCGUCACAGUUAAUCGGGUAGUGUUGAAAGCAGGAAGCCCAAUUAGUCUUACCGUCACUGCUAAACAAACUCAGGCUGGCAGGGCAGACGACCGUUUGGAUUUGGUCUUCGAGGACCUCAAUCUUCACACCCAGUUCCUUAUAGCUCGCCCCAUUCAUUUGAUCGUCGGCAGCAAGGCCGACUACAAAGCUCUCAAGCCUAAAUCCGCUUAUGUCUCUAGAGAGCGGACCACCCGCCAUCCUGAGCUAAAUAUCGUUGAAGGCGUACGGCCACCUGCGUUAACAGUCAUUCCUUAUUCUAUUACUUUGCCUUUCGCCGAUAUUCCUAAACCUCUCUUGGACACUAUUUCUUCGGGGACCGUCUCUGAAAUCACGAAGAAGCUCAAGGACCUGUUCUUACCGCCGAGCAUUGACACAAGCUCAUACGGGCGGUUCUAUCAGGUCUUGUUAUGGGUUGAGGAACACAAGCAAUCCUACGACCUCCAUGGUUAUGAUAUCAAGAACGCUACAGUUACUCGUCGUAACCAAUACUAUGAUCUUUCCGUGCCAGGGUUAGCUGAGAAGCGUCCAAGCGUGUUAAUUGGCGAUAACAUUCUGGUACGGAAGAAGGACGCUCCAGAGGGUCAUUGGUUCUCUGGCGGGGUUCACGGUGUCAUGCUAGAAACCGUUGGCUUACGCUUCAGUCCCAAAUUCCAAGUGUCUCCGUCCGAUCGUUUACACGUCAGAUUCAAGUUGAACCGGAUUCCUCUUCGGCGUCAGCACCAAGCGCUAGAGACGGCCUUCGCGCCAGGGCGUCUGCUUCUCCCAGUGGCAGCACACAUCUUGCAGCCAUCUCCCGCCGUCCCAUGGACCGCCAUCAACCCAUUAAUCGACACAAAUGCAAGACAGCGCCAGGCUGUUGACUGUAUCAUUCGUCGACGACCUGGGACCGUUCCGUUUGUGAUCUUUGGCCCUCCUGGCACCGGAAAAACUGUGACAGUUGUAGAAGCCAUCUUACAAAUCUUGCGAACUAAUCCUAAUGCCCGAGUCCUCGCCUGCGCGCCAAGCAACUCUGCUGGCGAUCUCAUCGCCCAACGGCUAAAGGCAUUAAGCAAUGACAAGCUCUUCCGGUUUUACGCCCCGUCCCGACCCAAAAUCGCUGUUCCCGCGGAUCUCCAGCCAUACACAUUCAUGAAGUCUGAGCAUUAUGCUCUUCCAGACUGCCAGAGGGUCACGCAAUUCAAAGUGAUAGUGGCAACGUGUGUGUCUGCCGCGGUGUUCUUCAAUACUGGGGUACAGCGGGGACACUUUACACAUAUUUUCAUCGAUGAAGCUGGCCGGGCAACAGAACCUGAGGCGAUGAUUUCUGUAAAGACAAUGGCGGACAAUAAGACCACUGUUGUGUUGUCGGGCGAUCCUAAACAGCUCGGACCCGUCAUCCGGUCGGCUAUCGCUAGGAACUUCGGACUGGACACCAGCUAUAUCGAACAUCUGAUGCAGAGAGACAUCUACGAUGAGGUCGGGGGACAUGGUAAAUCGUGAGUCUUCUCUAUUCUUUUGAGGUCGCACUCAUUCUAGUGUUUCUUUGUAGGGUUGUCAAACUUACCCAAAACUUCCGUUCGCACUCUGCGAUCCUCAAAUUUCCUAACGA